AUGGCAUAUUCUGGUGCCUAUCCGUGGGAUGCCAACUAUAACGAUUACAACAGUUACAACAAUAGCUCAGGAGCAUGGUCCACAAAUAAACAAAACUAUCCUACUCAAUCUGAGCAAUAUAAUCCGGUUUAUCCUUCGCUCAACGGGACAUCGAACUUUUUCUCAUCUUCUGCUCAGGAGUACGACGCAGCUCCAUACCACCCAUCGAGCACGUCAAAUUCUGGAAAUAGAACCAAUCGGAUUCCGAAAACUCAGCAGCGGGGACGCCGAUACGAAAACCAGCGCAAAAGCAAGCAAACGUUUCCUGCUAAAAAAUUUCAUUUGGUAACUAUCGAUCCAAAUUCGAACGAAAAGCCGAUAGUGUCGAAGAUUGCGGAGCCAGCUCCUAACCCAGUUGUCAAAGUGGCCCGUGGAAAUACAAAAACCGUCAACAGUCCGAGAGGUGGGAGAGGUAUUAACAAAAAAAUGCCUAACUUCCGCUUGCAAGGAAACAAUUGGGAGUCAAACCAGUACCAAGGAGGAACGAGAGGUGGACGAGGUGGUGGUGGCAAAGGACGAGGCCGUGGUGGAUUCCAUAGAGGAGGAAAAUCUUAUGGACCACCAAAGCCAACGAAUGAUAAAGAUGAUAUAAAGUAUGUGCACCUACCAGAAGACUCACCAGCUAUCCUUCUCACUGUCUCCUCUGAUAAUAUAGUGGCUUUCCAUGGAUUCGACAGUGUAUUCACUACUCAACACAGCUUCCCAGUGUUGGUUGACGGUAAGAUUUACAAGAGCUGCGAUCACUACUAUCAAAUUUGUAAAGUCACUGAUUUGACUGGAAUCUCAAGUGACAAGUUAAACAGCGGAGUUCGUAAUGAAGAUGGAAAGCUGAUACUUGAAGCGCAAGAAGAGAAAGAUAAGAAGGCGUAUAGUGCAAUAGCCAAAGAAAUUAUCAAAGCCGCUGGCAUUGAGAAAGACAAAGUUGAUGAGUGGAGAAACACAAAAGGACUCGAGGCAAUUCAGAGAGCUCUGCACGCUAAAGCCGCACAGUCUGCUCAUCUUCGAGAAGCGCUGAAAGAGACCGGCGAGCAGAUUCUUGUUCAUGCAUUCCCUCGUGACAGUAUUUAUGGAACGGGAUGCGCCGUUCCAGCAAUUAAAAAGUGGUUGGAUGACAUGGAGAAGAGUGGUGUCAAGACUCUGAGAAUUCCUGCGAAUUUCCCUCUCAACCAGGACACUGUUCAACACUGUCCAGUUUUCGCACAAGGACGAAACAUUCUUGGAGUGAUUCUCAUGCAGCUGAGAGAAAAAAUUCGCAAUGGAGGAAUCGAAAUAGUUGAUAUGUCCAAAAUAUAUAAUGCUCUUCGCAAUAAUCCGACUGAGCCAAUGGACACAACUCCGAAAGUACCAUACUACUCCGACGACAAAAGCUUUGGUACCUUCUGA